CACUUCAAAACAUAGAACUAGAUUGUUGAAGUUGAUAUGCGAGCAGGCUGAAACAGACCGGGCAGAAUGGCUACUUACUGGAAGUCUCAACCAAAGAAGCAUUGUGAUUUCUGCCAGUGUUGGAUAGCUGACAAUAAAGCUAGUAUUGAUUUCCAUGAGCGGGGAAAACGACACAAGGAAAAUGUGGAGAAGAAGCUGGCUGAGUUACGGAAGAAGGGCCACGAGCAGUACAAGAUGCAGCAGACGCUGGAGAGUGACCUCCUCAAGAUGGAGACGGAAGCACUCAAGGCCUUCAAGAAGGACUUGGCCAAUGAUCCCGCCCUGGCUGCGCAGUACAAGGCCCAGGCCACUGCAGCUGCUGCCAGCGCUGCUGCUGCAGCCAAAAAGAAAGAAGAGCUUCUCACUGCGGCAAGGCGUUUGCAUAAAGAAGGGUUGGCUGCCACUAAACAAGCAGGGAAGACCACAUCCAGGGGCUCAGCGAGCAGUGCGCCGAGCUCUGCACCGGCGAGCGAUACUUCAAGCCACACUGUUGAAACCGCUGUAGCUGAUGUUGGGUACCACACAGAUGGAACACCACAGUGUGUUUGGCUGGAGGGAACCAGUCCAGAGGGGCAUACGUACUACUGGAAUACAGUGACAGGAGAGUCGCAGUGGGAGAAACCAGAGGGCUAUGAACCCACAGAAGAGUCGACUAUGUACAAGCAGCAGGUACACGAGGACCGGACCGGUGAGACUGCAGAACAAGAACAGCCAGAACCUGCCAGCGAAUCAACCAAAGCGUCUCAGGAAGUCAUACCACCAGGAACCGAAGACGAAGAACCAGAGAAGAACGAUGGAGGGGAUGAGAAAGAGGACAACGGAAGCGGAGAGGAGGAGGAAAGUGACGAUGAAGAAGAUGACGAGAAGGAAGAGGAAGCGCCGAGACCAGCGAAGCGAAAAAUGGUCAACCCUUACGGUGGUUGGACCACAGUUGUGCGGGAAGACACACCCCCUGUUGACCUCCAGCUGCCUCAACCAGAGAGGCCGUACUUCCAGCCCAUCGUGCCCCAGGCCGCCCAACACCAGCCCAGUGAGAAAAUCCAAUUCAAGGAGCGAACCGUCUCGUCGCUUGCCUCAUCAUCCUCAUGGUCAUCGCGAAAUGGAGCGACAUCGUUCAAGAAGAGGAAGUUUGCUGGUGGUGGACGGUCCAUCCGGCAAAGAGAUACAGACACUUGAACUCUUUCUCCCGCAAGGCUCUCGUUGUUGAUAAAAACUGGACUUUCUUUCGUUUCCAAAAAAAGUGGCUCUCUCGGUACACAGUUGAAAAAGCUAAUUUGAUAAUGGGGUAUUUUCACAUAGAGCAAACCCAUCAAUUCUGGUUCUUUUUAGGACCUCGUAUGAUUUGAUCUCGGAUGGACACUGAACUGUCACCUGCGGAGUGCUUCCUACACAGGAAAUGAGUUCUUAAUACUGAUUUUUUUUAUUUACAACGUAGAUAAAUAUUACUGACUGCUGAUACAUUGACGUGCAGAACACUGGCAAAGAUCCCAAAUAAAGCUAUCUCUGAUUGAACCAAUAGGA